CAAAUAAACCUUUGAGAAAUGACAAUAGCUUAAUGUAGUCUAGUAAUCUCAAUUAUUAUCUUAUGCUUAUGAGAUGAGCGAACGACCAGUAUUAAAAUACGCUGCUACUUUUCCACAAACACAAGAUCCUUGUCACCUCUGUUUUUCCAACUUCCAUGUUCCACCUCUUUUGAAAAUAUUUUUCAUUACCUUAAUGGCUUCAAACACGACAAACAACGAGGUACGAGGUUCACAUCAAAGGUUACAAACUUUGCUUCAUCAUCUCCAAUCAUCUUCCAAUUUCAAUUCCAAUUCCACGUCCACCAAUUCACUCCAACAAAUUUCAAAUUCCAAACCCAACAAAGUAGCCGCUGUUCUGAUUUGUUUGUUCGAAGACCAAGAUGGGAAUUUGCGAGUAAUUCUGACGCAGCGUGCUUCUUCUCUCUCAACCCACGCCGGUGAGGUUGCUUUGCCAGGUGGGAAGAAAGAUGAAUGUGAUACUGAUGAUGUUCAAACUGCGCUGAGAGAAGCUAAAGAGGAGAUUGGAUUAGACCCUUCUCUUGUUACUUUUAUUACUCUUCUUGAACCCUUUCAUACCAAGUACGGCAUCACAAUAAUACCGGUGGUUGGAAUAUUGUCCAACAAGGAUGCAUUUUUGCCAGUUUUAGAUUCAGCUGAAGUUGAAGCCAUAUUUGAUGUCCCCUUGGAGAUGUUCCUCAAGAAUGAUAAUAGAAGAGCUGAAGAAAGAGAAUGGAUGGAAGAGAAGUAUCUUGUACAUUAUUUUGAUUAUGAGGUAGACAACAAAAAGUAUGUGAUAUGGGCCAUAACUGCUUCCAUCUUAAUUAGAGCUGCUACCCUUUUACUUCGGCGCCCGCCAGAUUUUUUAGAGCAGAGGCCUAAAUUUUGGGGAGGAGUUACCGAAAAUGACACGAUGAUACUACAGAGGAGUAAUUCACAAUUGUAAUUUUGUUUCUAUCUCUUUAACUUCGAAUAAAAUUUUCCAGAUGAAAUUGUACUUCA